GAACACACAUGCUGUUGGGAAGCAAGAGGAAGCAAUGCACCACGGGCAGGAGCAGCACAACGGCCUCUGGCCCUCUUCCAGAUACAGCAUCCAGAAAGGCAAUUGCUGCUGCUACUGAUGGUCCAUCGAAAAAGAGAGAUCCCUCCAAAGGCACCUCCAAAUCCAAAGAGAUCCAAGCACAGGGUGUCCUGACACCAAAAAUGUUUGUCUCCGAUAGUAUGUGCAAUAGAAAAGCUUCAUCAAGAAUCCUCUCGGAAGAAAAUGUUCACAGGCAAAACCAGCUCCUAAAAAGUGAUUAUGAAUUCUGUGGUUCAAGUGACAAAAUAAAGGAGCGUAAGGAGGAGGAUGAGUGGGAGCGAGCCAGCAGGGUAACACUAUCUGCAGCUCGCUCGCCAGAUGUUACUCGUGAGAAAAACGACGCGCUCACCCGGCCAGAAACCAGCUCCCAGCCUGAGAAAACUCCACCAGCCCUGCAGACGCUGCAGGAAGCACUAGAAACCCAUAAGCCUCAGUUCAUCUCUCGUUCACAAGAAAGGCUGAAGAGACUUGAACGCAUGGUCCAGCUGAGAAAAGCCCAGCAGAGCAAUGCUCCUGCAAGCAACCAAGGCGUGCUCGUUCGCAAGCUUUCCUCAACAUCCACUUCAAGCAAAAAGAAGCAAUACACCAUUCCUCACCCGCUCAGUGAUAACCUCUUCAAACCAAAGGAAAGAUUCAUUCCAGAGAAGGAGAUGCAUAUGAGAUCUAAAAGGAUUUAUGACAAUUUACCUGAAGUAAAAAAGAAACAAGAAGAAAAACAGAAACGGAUCAUGACCCAGAGUAACAGACUGCGUGUUGAGAUCUUUAAAAAGCAAUUACUGGACCAGCUCCUUCAAAGAAACACAGAGUAACAAAGGAUUCUCUUGCCCAUCAUCCUAAUUGGAUCUUGGAUGCCUUUGACUGCUAGAUAAGCCAUAAAAUUUACUGUUAUCUCAAUUAUCUGGAGGUAUUUUUCUUGUCUUUGGCUCUUUAUAUACAGAAAGAUCAUUUAAAUUUCAAUUGAAAUUUUAAGUAACUUUCAAGUAAUCAAAAACAGUCUAAGAGGGAACACAGCUAUUUCAGAACAUUACCUUUUGGUCAGUUUACCCAGAGGAAAUAAUUUUAAGAAUUUUUAAUGCAAAUACUGAAUUACAGUGGUAUUAUUUAUCUUAAUCUUUCAAAAAGUGUAUGUCUCUGUAGCAAUAGAACUGGGUUUAUAAGACCUGGAAAACUUAUUUCUCUGAAGUAUUCUCUUAAUUGCUUUCCUGUGAGUUAAAUCCUUGAAGUAAAGAAAAAUGAGUAUUAUUAUUUGUUAUGUUUAGAAACUAGCUGAAAUAGCAUUACCACGUAAUCAUAGCAGCAGCAGUUUCACAUUAGUACUUAACAUACCAAAAGGGACCAAUAUUUUAGCUCUCUGAAGAACUCUAUUCCUGUUUAUAUAGUGAAUCUACAUAGCAAGCUUACCUGUUAAAGAGCAAUAUUUAAAAAUUUGAUUAUAACACUGUUUUUUGUGUUUUUCACUGUAAUAUAUGUUUUACUCCACUUCUGUGAGCAUUAACUAUUUAUAGAAAUGGCAUAUUAAGAAGUGGUGCCAAGAAGUAUGUUUGCAUCAAAACUUCAGAACUAAAACCAUCUGUAAUGUUUCCUCCAAAAAUAUUUAAAUCUUUAUUUGUACAUUUUGGAAGUAAAAACAACCAGCUUACAAACCAAUGGAGUUUAUUUAUGGAAUAAAAUAUGAAU